AAUAUGUUAUAUAAUACUUUUAAUUAGUUUUUAAGUUUAAUUUGCAACGUAACAUUUAUUAUGACCGUCUGUUCCGUUCACUUUUUUUGUAAAACAAAAAAGAAUGAGAAAAAGCAGCCGUGCGUCAAACUGAGGCCAAGAGUCCCAUGUGUGAGUAAUAAUUUUUUAAAAAUUUUGAAAUUUAUGCGCGCUAAAAAAUUUCUAGCGCACGCGUGUUUGCGCGUUGCGCAUGCUCGCUUCGCGAAUGAACUCUGUUGACAUGACAGAUUUUCUAACCCUCGGAAACGUUGCUUUUUUUCCCCAAACUCUCGGAAGGAAUUUAUGUGUGAGAAAUAUUAUGUAAAGAAAUUCGAACGCCAAGUUGGAGACGUCGAGCGCCUGAUCGAGCGCCUCCGACUCGUGGGUGGAAGACAAAAAAUUUUCAUCAAUCAAAAACUUUUUACCUGGGAGUGACAAUUUUUUCGCACUCUUCUUCUAUGAUUUUUAUCAAGAUCCAGAAGCGGUUGGCCGUGAGAUAAUUAAGAUGAAGACUUUGAACAACGUGAAUGUACAAAAAGCAACAGUGAAGUUGCAACGUAAUUGUCGUGGGGUGCUGAAGAUUCACCUGUGUCCUCAAUGCGGAUCCAACUUCGAUCGCGCCUCCCAACUUGACUAUCAUCAUCGAAGCAUACAUCUGGGAGAGCGAUCUCACAUAUGCCAGAUAUGCGAAAAGGGUUUCUUUCGCAAGGCUGACUUGCGUACCCACUUGAACAUCCAUUUGGGAACAAACUUUUACAUAUGCGAGGUCUGCGGAAGGAAGUUCAGUCACGUGUCCAAUCUCAUAAGGCACUGCAGAAUGCACACAGGAAUCAAGCCGUACUCGUGCUCCAUUUGCGACAAGCACUUCACGCAAAUUUCCUCACUGGCAAGACACAAACAAAUGAUACACGGAAUACCAAAGGAAACCGCGCAGCAGUGUUGCAAUCCUAGUCUCAUAAAGAAACAUCAGUCACAAUCCAGCAACGAAGUAUUGAAAGAAAAUAAGGAUCAGUUUGCUGAGAUCGCCGAAAGACUUGGAUUCAUUGACGUGUCGAUGAACAAAACAACUGCUUCAAACAACCCCGUUUACGAUACAUUCAACAAUCACGAACAGCAAUUCAAGGACAACAAAGUUCCCACAAGUAAUUCCGAGAAGGACAAUUUUACGUAUUUUUUUUUACCGCGAGAUAGAGGGCCCGAUGCGGAUCACGUUCCGAACGACGAAAACACAUUGGGAACGUGUUACGCGAACGCGUGUACGGUUCAAGAAACUUGUAAAGACACUUCGAUCAGUAAUAUCGAAGUGAACUUUCAUCUCGCCAACGAGGUGUCGGAACCAAAAUUUCUACACAAACAAACGGAAGUUAUUGAUGAAGACAAGAAGUGCAACAAGUCGUUCAACGAAAAUGCCGCGGAUCAAAUGCGCGCGGAACUUUCUAACUCGGGAAUAUUGAAAUUUGACGAGUCCAGGUACUGCAGCGACGCGAACAAGGUAAAUCACUUCGAUCACGGAAUGAGGUCCCAACAUUUUGUAAAUAUUGCCGAUGUAACGUGUACUCCCGCAGUCGCGCAAAAUCAGAACAAUUUGCCGCACGAUGACAAUCCAGACGGUUUCGGUAACUCGAGCAACGUGGUGCUAAACAACGAGGAACCGAUGUUGCGUUUGGUGCAGACCGAGACCGGCGAACAGUUUUACGAAUUUGUGAUAAGCAACUUGGUGGAAAAGAUACAAAACGCGGCGAAGGACACGGAGAACAAGAUCGACGAAUCGUCGAACAGUUCUGGAGACUCUCGCGAAAAGAUUGUCGCGAAUUCGAAAGAGAUUUUGGAGAAAAAUGAUCAUCAUCAUCAUCAUCAUCAUCAGAUCGAUCAGCAACAGGAUUUGGAAAGUUUUACCGACGAGUUUAAUUACACGCAGUUUGAUUUUCACGGAGAGGAAAAGAACUUCACCAUUCUGUGCGACGACGAGUCGCACGAAAAUUUUCAACGAAAUCCCAAGGAUAACGAAUGCGGGACGCAGGACAGAAAUGGCAUGCAGGUCUACAAGUCCGAGUUUAUGGAACUGCUCGAGAACGACUUGCACGUGGAUUUUGACAAGUACGUCGAGACGAAUCUGGAAGCGUUCGAGAAACUUAGUUACGAAAAUUGCAACAGAUUUCUGGAGCUCGUGGAGGUCGCGGAUCUCGGUAUAGAAUCGUCGGAGUGCAAGGAGUCCUCGAUGAUAAGAUUGAUACAAAAUGCGGGCGAGCAGCUGUUGGAAUUGUUUCAGGAUUCCCAAGCGGUCGAGCAAGAUUCGAGCCAGGAUUUCGCGCGAUCCAACGAUCUCGACAAAGACUGUUCGAAUAUUUUGCUUGACGGCAAUAAAACAUCCGAUUGUCCGAGGACCAAGCCCGACCUGUUCGCGGGCUACAUCGAAGACAACGUGACGUUGGAGGAAAAUGUAAAUAGCAACAAAGCGACGGACAACGUCAGAGAGCACGCAAACGGCAACGAUCCUGCCGAUGUGACCGGCACAAACAAUGACGAGAACAGCGUCAAAGUGUCCGAGGAAACGAAGAAGUCGAAGGUCGCCUUGAAGAAGUUUCAGUGCUCCGAAUGCAAGAAAGCAUUCUCGACCGCCUACAACUACAAGCAACACAUUGGCAUACAUUUCACGGAUCAGCAGAAGUUUCACUGCAAGACCUGCGGAAUAUCCUUCGCCUGGAAGUCUACCCUGAACAAACACAUCGCGAACGUCCACAGUCCGGACGGGCCGCAAAAGUUUAUCUGUGAUAUUUGUCCGAAAGUUUACAGCACCUUGUCACAAGUAAACGAACACGUGAAGCGGGACCAUUUGAAGCAGCGCGACCACAUGUGUCUGCAUUGCGGCAAGUGUUUCUUCAAAAAGUUCGACCUGAAGACUCACAGCCGUACGCACACGAACGAACGUCCUUACGCGUGUCGCGUUUGCGGUCGCAGUUUUCAUCAUCAGAGUCACAUAAUACGCCACGAGCGCACGCACUCGAGCGAGAGACCGUUCGCGUGCGACGUGUGUCAGAAGACGUUCGCCCAGUCGAACUCGCUCAAAGCUCACAGACGUAAGCACCGACCGAAGCAGAUACGCGUGGAUUUUCUGGAUUGUCAACUGGACGAGGACGAUCCCGUCGCGCUCGCGGCUUGUUGAGGGAACGCCAACGUGAAAUAAAUAAACAAACGUAUAUAUUCAUCGCUCGUCCAAGCGCUUGAAUAUAUACAGUCCUUAGAUAGUUUAUACAAUCUUAUUGAAAUAAGUUGUUAUCGUCGCAAUAUAUUAUUUUUUUAUCCCAACCGUUUGACUCGCGAGAGAAAAGGUGUUUCUUUUAUAGAAUAAAUCAAUAAAUCUCGCGUCGAGAGUUUUUCUCCA